AUGACAGGUCAUUUAGUGUCGGACAGUGUGUACGGAAGGGUAGCAUUUGACGACCCGAUGUGGACCACAAACCAGAUAUACAGCCAAUCAUUCAUACACGCCAUCAGCGCCUGCAGUGCUUUCGUGGCAUUCAUUUGGUCGGUGUUUGUCAUAAAUCAACAAAAAGAGAAAAUACUAUUUGACGAGAGUUUUGGUGACAAUAGUUAUGAACUCAAAGACUAUAAUAGUUACCAUAAACAGAAACAACAGGUCGGAAAUCAAAUCAAACAGUUGUUUCACUUCAAUAACAUUAAGCAGACAUUUGUUACGGUGUUUCGGAAGCGGCCGAACACUACCAGAGCCCAGAUAUGGCUCACCAUUUGCGGCACCACUUGCUAUCUCUAUGUCUUCAUAUCUGUGCCCUCUUUUGUCGAUGAAUUUUACGAACAGAUCUACGGCUGGUAUACCACCGACUUUGCCGAAUACCAGGCCUCGGGAACGGUAGUCAAGUGCCUGUUUGUGUUGACUGCAACUAUCAUCCUCACCAAGUUGUAUCACUUUGAAGACAUGGCUCUAACGGUGUUUGGAUUCUCGAGCCUAACGUUGAAACUGAUAAUAUUGGCCACAAUUGUCAAUCCCGUCGGGUAUUACAUAUCAGUGGCGGUCAGCGGUGUCGAGUGGAUGGCAAACGUGGGAUUGAGAGCCCAGUUGUCAAACCUGGUGUCCCCCACAGAAUUGGGCAAAAUAUUCACGCUAUUAACGAUCAUUGACGUCGUUGUGCCCCCAGUGGUGAAUAUUUUGCCCAAUUCUGUGGGGGACACCAGGUUUGACAACUGGGCUCUCAAUCCCACGUUUGCCAUCCACUCGACACCGCUGACCGCCACUGAUAUGUAA